AUGAAGAGCCCGGUGGCCCCGGCCCGUGGUGCACAGGGCUCGGAGCUGAAGGGCACGGGGAAGACAUGCCCGUGGCAGCGGCAGGGCCGGGCUGCGGCUGCAAAGGUGCUCCUGCUCCCGGGGAGACACCCCGCGCAGGCGGAGGGUGCGGGGGUCCGGGCGAGGUUCCCGUCGGGGCUCCCGCUGGGGGAUAAACGCAGCGCAGGGGCGCUGCAGCGGGCUGGCUGGGCAGCGAGGGCUCCAGUGACCCAGCAGCUGCGGAACGAGGGCUGGCACUCAGCUGAUGGUCCAGGAUUUUGGGCGGUGAUGGUUGUCUACCUAGUGCCAGCUGCCUUGACGCUGCUUGUGGGCAUUAACCCUUCAGUAACAGAUUAUGGUGUUUGGAGGAGCCUCUGUGACCUUCAUGCUGCUGGUUGUAUGGUUGGGACCAUUGCUUUGGCUUGCUCUUUGUUUGCCUACGCUCAAGGAAACAUUUUGCACGAAGAGGAAGGCAGAGAGUUGUCUGGUCUGGUGAUUAUUAUAAUAUGGAUGAGUCUUUGUCGCAGUUCAGCAAAGAGUCCCCUGGGUGGAGUUCGCUUGAUUGUUGCAAUCGUGGUCGCCCUCUUCCCGUUUAUUUCGUGGCUGUACAUUUAUGUGAACAAAGAGAUGAGAGCAUCGUGGCCAACCCACUGUAAAACAGUGAUUUAA